AAUAAGUCCAUCUGUGAAAUUUCCUUGCUACUAAAUAUUCCACGAUCAACUGUUGACGGCAUUAUAACAAAGUGGAAGCAACUGGGAACAACAGUAACUCAGCCACUAAGUGGUAGGCCAGGUAAAAUGACAGAGCGGGGUCAGUGCAUGUUGAAGCGCACAGUGCGCAGAAGUCACCAACUGUCUGCAGAGUCAAUAGCUAAAGACCUCCAAAGUUCGUGGGGCCUUCAAAUUAGCACAACAGUAUGAAAAUUCGGCCGAUAAAUGACCCGUCUAUGGCCUGCAUGAGCCUUACAUCACCAAGUGCAAUGCAAAGCGUUGGAUGCAGUGGUGUAAAGCAUGCCGCCACUGGACUCUA